UUAGCACCAUAGCAUUGUGUUGUAUCGUUAUUCUUAUUAGUAUUUUAUGCAUGACCCGCCCGUCCUCCUUUUCUUCUUCUUCAAUUGAUAUCUUGAAACCCUAGUGUGUAUAUAUAUAUACGUGCGUAUAUAUAUUCUUCUAAGAUUCUAUCUUCUUCAACAAACUACCACAACGAACUAGCUGUAAUUGCUUUCCCGAACCAAUAGCUUUUAUCUUUCCUAGCCCCCAAAAGUUUGAUGCUAAUGUGCCAAAUUGAAGAAUCGCGUAACAGAAUUUGCCAUCAACAACAAUCGUUGAAGGAAUUUUGUGUUGUAAGCUUGUCGAUCUCACCUGGGGUUUCACUUCCAGGAAAGUAAAGAGCAUCGGAGAGACUCAAAAACCAAUUGUGACUUUCUGUGAAUGGCAUUGGUUGUAAUCUGUGGGCAACCAUGCAGUGCGAAGUCAACAGCUGCAGUCCGCUUAUUGGAAACUCUUGAAGACUUGGAACCCAAACCAACAGUCAGGAUCAUUGAUGAAGCUUCGUUUCAUCUUGAUCGCAACCACAAUUAUGCUGACAUGACAGCUGAGAAGAAUUUAAGAGGGGUGCUUAGGUCUGAAGUUGAUAGAUCCUUAUCAAAAGAUAAUAUCAUUAUAGUAGAUUCCUUAAACAGCAUCAAGGGUUAUAGAUAUGAGUUAUGGUGUUUAGCUCGUGCUGCUGGGAUAAGAUAUUGUGUCCUUUAUUGUGAUGUUGAUGAGAUCCAUUGUAGAAAAUGGAAUGAAGAACGCAGGGAGAAGAAGGGGGAAACGUCAUAUGAUGAUAAAAUAUUUGAAGAUUUGGUGAGAAGGUUCGAGAAACCAGACAGAAGAAAUAGAUGGGAUUCUCCUUUGUUUGAGUUAUGGCCAUCUAAAGAUGGAAUAGAUAAGAGCAAUGCAGCCAUUCUGGAUGCUGUUUUGUACUUAACGAAAAAAGUGGACUCGAAAACAAAGGAUGUUAGAGUUCUGCAGCCUACAAUUGCAACACAAUCUGCACGGUUUUCUGAGGCAAAUUCCCUUUAUGAGAUGGACAGAGCGACACAAGAAGUUAUUAAUGCUAUAAUGGAAGCACAAACCCAGUCAACUGGGGGGCCUGUGAAUGGAGUUACUCUUGGCCAGGGACUACCAACUAUCGAUAUUUCAAGAACCAUUGGGCUGCCAGAGCUACGAAGGCUGCGAAGAACUUUCAUCAAAUUGACAGGGCAGUCAAGCUUGAGUGGCCCACCACCGCCGUCUGAUGCAGAGAGUGCAAAGAGGAUGUUUGUGGAUUACUUGAACAGAGAACUAGAAACUGCUUGAAGAGGCUCCAGGUGAUAUUAGAUUAAUGAAAGCCCAAGUGGGGUGUCUUCAAUUUGGUAUGUUUGUGCUAAUGAAUAGAUUAUUUAUUGCAUCACUAGGAAAAUAUGGAAAUUGUUAUUUUCACACACACAAUGGAUGUCAUUUUGGCUGUGGUGGGAACAGCAGCUCCAGAAAAUUGAUGGUUAGAAGAAACAGAAUGCUAGUGGUCGUAUUUGUAUUCUUUUUUUCAACAUUAUUAAUUCAUCAUAAUGUCUGUUUGUUCUUUUCUUCUA